AACAACACAUCUCUAGAGUUUGCAUACUAAAGUCACACUACGUAAUCGCUCUGCAUUGCGAAAGGGAGCAUCCUAAAUGAUUACUUUCACUUUAACAAAGGCGUCUCCUUUAGUGAUACUACAGAUACGUUAUUGAAUCUGCAUUUAGUUGUGUUGGAAAAGUUUGAAAAUGAAGCAUGUUUCAAAUCUGCUGUCUUUGCUCAUGGAUUUUCUCGUGUACGGUGCAUCAGGUGUUGAAGUGUCAGUGUUUGUGAUGAAGGGAGAUUCAGUCACUCUACACAAUGAUUUUGAAAGAAACCCAAAUUGGGUUAAAUGGGAUUUUCAUGACAUUAUCAUAGCUGAAAUCCAUAGAUAUCGUGGAUAUAUCUGUACAAAUGACCCGUGUAAAGAGAGAUUCAGAAACAGACUGAAGCUGGAUCAUCAGACUGGAUCUCUGACCAUCAUGAACACCAGAAUCACAGACUCUGGAGAUUAUCAACUAUGGACCGCUGGUAGCAGAAAGGGCAACAGUAAAAGGAUCUUCACUGUUGUUGUUCGUGGAUUUUCAGGUGUUGAUACAGAUGAUUUGUCAGUGUCAGUGGAGGAGGGAGAUUCAGUCACUCUACAAAAUGAUGUUGAAAUGAACAAACAAGACAGAAUUAGAUGGUAUUUUAAUGAGGCUAUUAUCGCUGAAAUCACUGGAGAUCUCAGUUAUAUAUGUACAGACAUUCAGUGUAAAGAGAGAUUCAGAGACAGACUGCAGCUGGAUCAUCAGACUGGAUCUCUCACCAUCACAAACAUCACAAUCACAGACUCUGGACUUUAUGAUUUGCUGAUCAAGACCAAUAGCAGAAUCAGUGCAAGUAUUUUCUUUGUUUAUGUAAAUGGUGUUUCUUCUGCUGAACGAGAUAAACUGAAAAGAAAGUCAGUGAAGGAAGGAGAAUCCAUUACUUUAGAUCGUGGAGUAGGAAAAAAACCAAAUGAUUUGGUAAUGUGGUAUUUUAAUGACAGUCGCAUUGCUGAAUUCAGUGGAGUUCAGAGUAAGAAUUGUACAGAUGAUCUUUAUAAAGAGAGAUUCAGAGACAGACUGAAGCUGGAUCAUCAGACUGGAUCUCUGACCAUCACAAACACCAGAACCACAGACUCUGGACUUUAUAAACUACAGAUCAACAGCAGCAACAGAAUCACCAUCUUAAAGAGUUAUACAGUUGCUAUCACUAGUUUUCUCAGAAUUAAUACAGAUGGAUUGUCAAUGUUUCUGAUGGAAGGAAGUUCAGUCACUUUAUGCACCAAUGAUAAAGCAAACCACAAAGAUGAUAUUAGGUGGUAUUUUUAUGACAUUCUCAUCGCACACAUCACUGAAGAUCACAGUAAGACCUGUACAGAUGUUCAGUGUGAAGAGGGAGAUGAGAGAUUCAGAGGCAGACUGAAGCUGGACAAUCAGACUGGAUCUCUGACCAUCACAAACACCAAAACCACAGACUCUGGACUUUAUAAACUACAGAUCAGCAGCAGCAGUGGUGACAGCUUUACUAACAAGACCUUCAUUGUAGUUGUUCAUGGUUUCUUCAGUAUUGAUACAGGUGGAGUACAUGUGUUUUUGAUGGAGGGAGAUUCAGUCACUCUACACACUGAUGUUAAAACAACACAACAAGAAAAUAUUAGAUGGUAUUUUAAUGACACUCACAUCGCUCAAAUCACUGGAGAUCUCAGUUAUAUCUGCACAGAUGUUCGGUGUAAUGGUGGUAAUGAGAGAUUAAGAGACAGACUGAAGCUGGAUCAUCAGACUGGAUCUCUGACCAUCACAGACACCAGAACCACAGACUCUGGAGACUAUCAACUAAUGUUCAACAACAGCAUCAGUGGUGUUCUUCAACUCUUCAGUGUUGUUGUUCAUGAUGUUUCUGCUGCUGAAAGAGAUAAAAUGAAGAGAAAGUCAGUUAUGGAGGGAGAAUCUGUAAUUUUAGAUUCUGGUGUAAUAAAAAACCCAAAUGAUUUAAUGACGUGGUAUUUUACUGAUAUUUGCAUCGCUGAAAUCAAGAGAGAUAUCAGGUAUAUCAGUACAGAUGUUCAGUGUGGAGAUGGUGAUUUGAGAUUCAGAGACAGACUGAAGCUGGAUCAUCAGACUGGAUCUUUGACCAUCAUCAACACCAGAGAGCUGGACUCUGGAGUUUAUCAACUACAGAUCAACAACAGCAGAUUCAGCAUUUCAAAGGGAUUCAGUGUUACUAUCACUGAUUAUAUAGGUAUUGGUACAGGAGUGUUAGUUACUGUGACGGAGGGAGAUUCAGUCACUCUACAAACUGGUGUUAAAACAAAAGAACAGAAAAUUAUUAAGUGGUAUUUUAAGGCUAUUUGCAUCGCUCAAAUCACUGGAGACCUCAGUUUUAUCUGUACAGAUGUUCAGUGUAAUGAAGGUAAUGAGAGAUUCAGAGGCAGACUUAAACUGGGUAAUCAGACUGGAUCUCUGACCAUCACAAACACCAGAACCACAGACUCUGGAGAUUAUCAACUAAAGAUCAACAACAGCAGAUUCAGUGAGAAUACCUUCAUGAUUUCAGUUCAUGAGCCUACUACCAGGGAAGUGUUUGGCAGCAUUGAACAAAAAAGUAUUACAGCCUUUGUGACGGAGGGAGAUUCAGUCACUCUAUUCACUGAUGUUAAAACAAACCAACAAGAAGAUAUUAGAUGGUAUUUUAAUGGCAUUCUCAUCGCAGAAAUCAAUGGAGAUCUCAGUUAUAUCUGCACAGAUGUUCAGUGUUAUGGUGGUGAUGAGCGAUUCAGAGACAGACUGCAGCUGGAUCUUCAGACUGGAUCUCUGACCAUCACAGACAUCAGAAUCACAGACUCUGGAGAAUAUACACUCAUCAGCAACAGAAUCAUAAGAAUGACCUUCAUUAUUACUGUUCAAGGUCAUUUUGGUGCUAAACAAGAUGAAAUUAUUGUAGUGAAGGAAGGAGAGUCCAUCACUUUAGAUAGUGAUGUAGAAAAAAGCCCAGAUGAUAUAGUGACAUUUUAUUUUAAUGACAAUCUCAUUACUGAAAUCACUGAAGAUCACAAUAAGACCUGUACAGAUGUUCAGUGUGAAGAUGCUGAUGAGAGAUUCAGAGACAGACUGAAGGUGAAUCAGUCGUCUGGAUCUCUGACCAUCACAAACACCAAAACCACGGACCUUGGACUCUAUAAACUGAAGAUCACCAGCAACAGCAACAACAUUAGUAUCAUUAGCUUUAAGAGAUUCAGUAUUAAUGUCACUGCUGUUUCAGAUUCAGGUCUGUCUUCAGAUACUGUAGCAGGAAUAUGUGCUGCUGCUGUUGUUGUUGUUCUGCUGUUCAUUGCUGUAGUUGCUGCUGUGGUUUACUAUCACAGGCCUCAAGCAGGACAAAAUGACACAAAGACGAAGCACGGUGAUCAGGCAAAUGGUGUUAAAGACUUGACUCCCAAAAAUCAGAGUGACUCUGAUCGUCUCUGGCUGAAGACUAUCAGUGACUCAUCCCCUAAUGAGACUGAGAUUGAGGGUGCCAAUGAGACACCAAUGUAACAUUUAUUAUUUUAAUACUUUCAUUGAAAGGGACAGUGAAGAGACAAUGGGAAACAGGAAAGGAUGAUCAGCUGAAACAAAGAAACGUCACUCACAGUGGAAUUUUACCUCAACAACAAUGUCAGUUAAUUCAAUUCAUUUUCACAGGGCAGCUGUCAGUCAAACAACACACAGUUGAGCCUAUACUACCGAUACUAGUAAUUUCAAACCUUUACAGAUUCAGAAUUAGCAUCUUGACACCACAUGAGAGGAAUAUCUGAUAAGUUGAUAGCACUUUGUAUUUUAUUUUAUUUUAAUUUUAUUUUAUUUUUUUGGCAUGUCAGAGAUUUGUGCUUAAAGGUUCAAAUCCUGCAAGGGUUUUAAUCUUAAACUCUGAAUCUCAGGAACUGAGCCUGUAGUAACUGCACUGAAAAACACUAUGGAGAAAACCGGCAACAAAUGCCAAAAUGUGUUUUUGUAACAUAUUUGUAUUGUUAUAUAUUCCAUAAGUAUUAAUUUGCUGACAAAUAAGCUUUUUACUGCUUUUAAAGGGUUUGUUCAUCCAAAUCUUAAAAUUAUGUCAUUAAUGACUCCCUCAUGUCUUUCCAAACCCGUGAGACCUCCGUUUAUCUUCAGAACACUCUUUAA